CAGCAAAGUUGUUGAAGCAACCUAGUCGUCUUUAAUUUUUCCCGUAGAAAAAAACCAAGUCAAUAAAUUUCAUAAAAACAAUUAAUUAAUUAAUUCCGAAAUUUAUAGGCCAAACAAAAAUGAAGCAGUUUAACUAAAAAAUUAUUUUUUUCUAGAAGACCAAGAAAGUCGUGUCCUAUUUCGGACGCUGUUUGAUGUGUCUGAGAACUGAGAAGAUAUUAUUAUUGAUAAUAUCAUUCUUUUGCUGACCCCCAAAAUAUUUUAUACUAUUUUUUGUUUCCAUUUCUGGCAAGUUUACUAGUUUCUUCUUUCUUUGUGGUUUCCAAUUGAGACUAGCCGUUAACUGUUCUCUGCUCAAAGCUAUGGAACGAGAUGGGCAAGAAAUGGCUGCAAAUGAAGUGGCUGAGAAUGUUGAAUUCAAAAGAAAAGACUUAACUUUUCCCUUGAAACCAGAAGGUCACAUUCUGAUGGAAUCACCAAUAACAUAUGGAUCACAGAGAAGCAAAUGGCCAGUGAAUGAUUCGAGUGGCUUUGCACCUCCAUGUCCUAGCACUUCUUCUAUGAAUGAGACUGAGACUGGUAUAAUAGUGGAAGAAUUGACUGUGGAAAACUAUAAGAGCUCAAGCAAAUUAAGGCAGAGCCAGUUGCAACGAAUGUAUCGCGUGGAAAGUAGGUCGGAAUGUGAGGCUUUAGAUGAAAAUGUGGAUCAUGUGUUGUUGAGAGCGAAAAAGCAGCUUGCGAGAAUGUCUUAUGAGAACCAUAAGAGCAAGGAUAUUGAUCAAACACCAGGAGAAAUUGCUUUGCAUUUGAAGGCUACCGACAACUUGGCUAUCUCAAGCCAUACAUUAUCGGUUGCGGCUACUAGAUUGAAAACGUCAUCAUCUAGGCCUAGCUUUUCUCAGUUAUUUGUAAAGAACGGUUUGAAAGGAAAGGGCGUUAUCAGAAGAGAUCCAGAAACUUGCACAACUGCUGAUAAUGACAGGCCUUGUUUACUUGGGGUUGAUGGGUCUAAUAAUGAGCUUUGCACCAAUGGGAUUAGUUUGAGAGAAUGGCUAAAACCAGGGGGUCGAAAAGAAGAUAAAUUUGAAAGACUGCUUCUAUUCAGGCAGAUUGUGAAGUUGGUGGAUUCUGCACAUUCUCAAGGAGUUGUCCUGCAAGACUUAAGACCAUCCUGUUUCUAUUUAUUAUCAUCAAAUAGGGUUAUGUAUACAGGUCUAUCUGCCAAGAAAGGACUAGAGUCUGCUGUAGAUAAUGAUUUGAGGAGGAAAAGGUCCCUGGAAAAAGGUAUGAAUGCUGUCAGUUGCAGUCUAGGUGCAAAGCAGCUAAAGCUCAAUGAGAACAUGCAGUCUCUUGGAUACAAAACAGAGUUCACCUCUCAUGUUGGAUCCAGGAGUGAGAUGGAAAAUAAGAUUGGUUCUCAUACAUCAAUUAAGCGAGAUUCUAACUGUUUUCCUAUCCAGCCUCCAAUUUUCCGCUACCCUACAACUUCUGUUGCGCAGUCUAUUUCUGCAGCUAUACAAUUGGAAGAAAGGUGGUAUGCUUGCCCAGGGGAGCACAAUGGGAGAAGCCUCACAUUUUCAGCAAAUAUAUAUAGCCUUGGAGUUUUUCUUUUUGAGUUGCUAUGCUGUUUUGAAUCAAUGGAGCAGCAUUCUGCAAUGAUGUUGGAUUUGAGCCAGCGGAUUCUUCCACCAAAUUUCCUUUCAGAAAGUCCAAAGGAAGCUGGCUUUUGUCUUUGGCUUCUUCAUCCUGAACCUCUGUCUCGCCCAACAACUAGGGAAAUCUUGCAGUCUGCUUUAUUUGGUGGAUCCCAAGAAUGGUUUUGUGGGAACAAUUUAUCAGAAUCUCCCAAUAGUGAUAUGGCUGAAUCAGAGAUAUUGCUUCAUUUUCUAACCAGACUAGAAGAACAAAAGCAGAAGCUUGUCCCCAAAUUGAUUGAAGAGAUUAGGUUCUUAGAAGAAGAUAUUAAGGAGGCUGAGAGAGGGCACCUAUUAAAGACAUCCUCAGUUGUCCCUCAGAUACAAAAUAAAUUUCCUGAUGCAGGAAAAAUGCAUUUGCAUUUUGAAGGCCCCGGAACUUCAGUUGCUCACCAUAUAUCAAAUAUGAAGUCAGAUGUAAAUAAAGGAUGGUUGUCAAAAAAUAUCACGCAGCUUGAGCAUGCCUACUUCUCUAUGAGAUCCCAAAUCCAUUCUUUAGAAACUGCUGCUGCAGCAUGCUCUGAUAAAGAUUUGCUGAAGAAUAGAGACAGGUUGUCGGAGUUGCAAAGUAGGAAUGGCCAGCUAAGAACGAAUCAGAAAUAUAUUGAUCCCCUCGGGAGCUUUUUUGAAGGUUUGUGCAAGUUUGCUUGCUUCAGCAAAUUUGAAGUCUGUGGAACAAUAAGAAAUGGAGACCUUCUAAAGUCUGUAAACGUGAUAUGCACUCUUAGUUUUGACCGUGAUGAGGAUUAUAUUGCUACUGCUGGAAUAUCGAAGAGAAUCAAGGUUUUUGAGUUUGAUGCAUUUAUGAAUGACUCUAUUGAUAUCCACUAUCCUGUGGUUGAGAUGUCAAACAAGUCAAAGAUUAGCUGUGUUUGCUGGAACAACUACAUAAAGAAUUAUUUGGCUUCAACAGAUUAUGAUGGUGUUGUCCAGACAUGGGAUGCGGGAACUGGUCAAGGAUUCUGUCAAUACACAGAACACCAAAAGAGGGCAUGGUCUGUUGACUUUUCUCAAGCUGACCCAACAAAGUUUGCCAGUGGAAGUGAUGACUGCUCUGUGAAAUUUUGGAGCAUUAAUGAGAAGAGUUCUCUUGGCACCAUAUGGAGCCCUGCAAAUGUCUGCUGUGUUCAGUUUUCUACUUUCUCUCCUCAUUUGUUGGCAUUUGGAUCUGCUGAUUACAAGGUGUAUUGCUAUGAUCUCCGGCACGCUAGAAUCCCCUUGUGCACAUUGGCUGCCCAUGAAAAAGCUGUUAGUAAUGUGAAAUUCUUGGAUUCCAAAACCCUUCUUUCUGCAUCCACUGACAGCACCCUGAAGUUGUGGGAUCUUGACAAAACUGGCUCAGAUGCAUUGUCCUCCAAUACUUGUGCCUUAACCUUUAGUGGUCAUAAAAAUGAGAAGAACUUUGUCGGUUUAUCUGUUUUGGAUGGAUAUAUAGCAUGUGGAUCAGAAACUAAUGAGGUUUAUUGUUAUCAUAGAUCUCUGCCAAUGCCAAUCACUUCCUAUAAGUUUGAGUCUGUUGAUCCUAUUUCUGGGCAUCAAAUCACUGAUGAAAAUGGACAGUUUGUUUCAAGUGUCUGUUGGAGACAAAAGUCAAACAUGCUUGUUGCUGCCAACUCAGCUGGAAGUAUAAAACUACUGAAACUAGUAUGAUGAAAGCCUUUUCCCAAAACUAGUUUUGCUCAAUAAUCUAUUAGUAGCUUACCCGUCCUAAAAUUAGAUCAUAUGUACUUUGGAAAAACAAUGAGUUGGAAGCAGAAAGUUGCUAAGGUUGAAGGGUAGAAUGAGAGCCAAAACUCGUGUAGCCUCCCUGUAACUAUGAGUCUGCCUUCAAUUGAGUGUGCCUAUGCUCACAAAGAUACUAGUUUGCCGCUCCUGGUGAGUGCAUUGACAUGACUUCUGGUUUCUGCUAAAACUACUAGGGCCAUCAGAGUUUGGCAUCUUUCUGUUAAGAAAAUGUGAAUGGAAGUCAACAAGACAUGUCCAUAACUGUUGCAAAUCAGGUAGCAACCCCUGGGAAUUGGAGGUUCUAGACUAAGAUGAUAGCAGAGGUGGGCUUAAGUUUGAUGACAACAAGGAUGAGGAAUAACAUCAAGAACAUUCUUUUGGUGUAAUUGUGAAUGAGCAAAAACAUUGCUGGUACACUAGUAGUGGAAGAAUCCUCCCCCCCCCCCCUCCCCCGCCCUGGGAGAUUUCAUGUUUAAGAAACACCCAGGGUUGAGAUAUGAGUGCUUCUCAAGAGGAAUGCAGCUGUCAGUUUUUGGCAAGGUAUUUUCACGAGCAUUUUGCUUUUCAAUUUAGAAAAAUUUGUUCCUUUAUGAUCAAUUAAAUAAAGUUCUCGCUGUUGCCAAUAAAUAGAUAAUUAACAUUUUUGAUUGAGAUGUAGUCAGUAGGUUUUCAGUGGAUUUGAUUUUGAGGGACCUUUCGACCAUCCUGAAUUGGAAAUGCCUUUAGAUUUAGCUUUUAUGGUUCUAUUUAUGGUCUAUAGUAUUGUUGUCAGGGCCAAUAGUCUGCAAUUAUAAACUGUUUUCAUGAAUUUAAUGGCAAUAUUAGCAUUUGAUGAUUUUACUUAUAUGGUUCCUUCUGCUUAAGGAUGAAAUGAUCAAGCCUCUGCCUGCAUGAAACAGGUAUAACCAUAUAGAUCAAUUGAGUACAAUUAUACAAAACUGCAUAUCCCAUUCUGCAAUUUAUCUAAGGGAUAAUAAAGGUAUGAAACAAAAUUGAUUUGCUUGUUGAACUUAAGAAUUUAUUCUUUCUGUUGAACAUCUUCUUUGUAGAUAAAUUGUUUCUGCUAAAGUUGUGACAAAAAUUGUUUUAUGUUUCAUAAAAUAAAGACUAUGAUCGUUCAGCUCAAAUGCUAAAUAUACAGAUGUAAGGAGUCAGCCAUUGCAAGCUAGCAUGUUCCAGCCUCAACAUAAUACUCUGAAAACUCAAUAAAGUCUGAGCCCCUACCUUUUAGGAUUGGCUGUAUGAGUCCUAUCUUUGUCACUCCGUUUCCUCUUCAGCUAGAGGCGUUUAUUUUGCAAUUAUUGAUCUGGGAAAGCAUUUCAUCACUGAAAACUAGAUCAGGCUUUUUUUCAGUGUCUAAGCAAUGAACCUGAUAAAGCUAGGAGAGCUCAGAAUCUGAGGCAUGACCAGAUGCUGUUUCCGUAAUCUUGGACUUGUUAAAAGUAGCCGGCUUUCUGUUUUCAUUCUUAAACUGCGCCGGCAAUGGGUCAUUGGAGGAGGCCUUAAUGAUCUUCCUUUUGGUGUCACUGGAAAAAAAAAAAAAAAGACGCAGGUUGUUAGCA